ACAAGGUACAAUAACCCACCUAUUAUUAUUAUUAUUGUUAUUAACAGUAAUGGAUUGGCUUUGCAGUCAUCUCUCUGUAUUUCACCAGUCAGUAUAACAAAAGGGAAUCUCAUUUACUUUAUGCUUGUUUUUGUUUUUGUCCUUUCUUUGUGAUUGUCAGUCUAUUGAUCCCUGUAAACCAUCACACCAUCUGAAUCAUCUCAGUGAAUUCGUUGGAAUCCUUGAGAACCUUUUCAACAACGAAGACUGCAGCGACGUCCAGGUCACUGUCAACUGCAGCCUCCGGCUCACUGCUCAUAAGUUCCUCUUGGUCACUCAGAGCGAUGUCUUCCGGACCAUGUUGUCCAGCGAACAGUGGCCAGACUCCCAAGAGAAAAGCGUAGCGCUCACAGAGGAAGAGCUGUGCGUUCCCCACUUUGAAGACUUCCUCAGGUACUUCUACACUGGCACCAUCACCAUCGUCAGUGACAACGCCGUUCCAAUUCACAUGCUGGCCAACAAAUACAACGUCUCCAAUUUGAGAAGCAGCGUCGAGAACUUUAUGCUGACCAACUUGUCUCUAAAAGGAAACCCAAACCCGGCCCUGCAGUGGAAGAGAUACGCCAGGCUUGCUGAUGUCACCGGGCUCGAGGAAGCUUGUGACAACUUUAUCGCCUGGAACAUGGACCAGUUUAUGGGUUCGCCCGAAUGGACCGAAACAGAACACGAUCACCUCUUGGCUCUUCUCCAAAGAUCUGACCUGGUGGUUGAGAGUGAAAUGACCCUGCUGAUCGGUGUCAUCAACUGGAUUGAUCAUCAUCCAAACCAGACUGAAGAGAUCUUAAAACACAUUAGGUAUCCCAUGAUCCCGCCUCAAGACUUAUUUCAGUACCAACCCUCAGAGAUUAAAGACCAGGAUGUGCGCUCCUAUAUACUCUCACAGGGUUUGAUGGCUUAUCAUGUCAACUCUGUACCUAUAGAUGUCAUAAAGCAGAGGUACGACAUCACUUCAGUGGCUUUUACACAGAGGCUUUAUACGUCAAAAACCAACGGGAGUCCUUUCAAAGUCACAGAAUACAGUAACAAGGACAAAGACAGUUGUCACAUAUCAUUGUCAACCAAGCAUUUCCAACAGAUGUUUAACUGGUCCAUCAACUUCUACCCCAAAGGGCAAAGACCCAGUUUUAUGAUGAAAGAUGACAACCGUGCUAAGGUAACAUGCCAGCUGUUCAACUAUGUCUCAGCUGAACAGAAAUACAAGCACAAACUCUGCAUUCUGCUGAUGAAGUUUGUCGAUGAGGUGUGGUGUGUGCGUGACGUUAAAACCUUCAGUGUUGUUCCCUUUAACCAGACCGUCAUAGACGACCUGAUCCCACUGUCAGCGAGAGGUCAAUAUGUGUGCAAUGACACAAUGAAGCUUCAUUUCAUUGGAGAAACAUUCCCAGAGACAGACGACAACGAGUUUCUUCAGCCCGCCAAAAAACUCUGCUUUGGUUGAUCAGCGGGCAACUUGAGCUGUGGAAGAAAGAUUGAGCCGCCCCGCACCCUGCAGCACCAGCAUCCACGAACGCCCCUUUUCCCACCUGUACGCCCCAGCCUCGGGGGCUGGUGAAGCAGAUGGAAAACCAAACCACGAAACUCCGACCUCACAAAACAUCUGAAUCUGGCUCGGAGCCGGGCAGGGCCAGGGGGUAGGAUAAUAAUGUAAAUUUGUUAGGUGAUUUGUUUUCUGUGUGUAUAUCUGUACAGCAGAUUUAUUAUAUGGACUACAAUAAACAAGGGGGGGUGGUAUCAAAGAUGGGAUUUGAGUUAAAAAUUUUGUUUGUGUGGGGAAACAAUCCAUAACCUGUAAAAACGUUUUCCAAGCCCUAAAAAAAAUGUUAUCUAUUUCCUAUUUACAAAGCCUACUGGGACGGACGUUAUAGACACCCCCUUAACGAGCUCGAUGUUCAUUCUUUGAACCCCUUUUAAUUAUUCAGUGUGUGUUAAUCACACCAACGUGUUUGUAAUUAAUUGAAUGGGCAAUCGCAGAUCGAUGUGCAAAUACAGCUCUGACCAGAAGUUUUGCAUCACCUAGAAUUUUAGGAUUGAGGCAUCAUUAAAAACUUAAAUUGAGAUA